AUGUCCUUUGAAGGAGUCGGCAAUGUCCUGAGCCUUUUCCUUGGUAGCCUCCCAAGCUCCAGAGAUCUUGUCUCCGGCCUUCUCGGUGAGAGAUUUGCCAUCGUGCUUGGCAUCUUCAGCCUUAUCCUUGGUCUUGUCCCAGGCAUCACCGGCAGCAUCUUUGGCGUCUUCAGCCUUGUCCUUGGUGGCAUCCCAAGCGUCUUGGGCUCCAUGCUUAGCUUGGUUGUACAUAUGUAUGCUCACCUCGACAUGGUCCUUGUCAAUGGUGGCAUGGCCCUUGAACGAGUCAGCGACGUCCUGAGCCUUUUCCUUGGUGGCUUCCCAGGCUCCAGAGAUCUUGUCUCCAACCGUUUCGGUCAAAGAUUUUCCCUCGUGUUUGGCGUCCUCAGCCUUAUCCUUGGUCUUGUCCAAAGCAUCUCCGGCAGCGUCUUUGGCAUCCUCAGCCUUGUCUUUGGUGGCAUCCCAAGCGUCUUGAGCUCCAUGCUUGGCCUGGUUGUACAUAUGGGCGGCCUUGUUCUCGACAUGGUCCUUGUCAAUGGUAGCAUGACCCUUGAAGGAGUCAGCGACAUCUUGGGCCUUUUCCUUGGUGGCCUCCCAAGCUCCAGAGAUCUUGUCUCCAACAGUUUCAGUCAAGGAUUUGCCUUCGUGCUUGGCGUCCUCAGCCUUGUCGUUGACCUUGUCUUUGGUGUCCUCAACCUUGUUCUUGGUCUUAUCCCAAGCAUCUCCGGCAGCAUCUUUGGCAUCAGCAGCCUUAUCCUUGGUGGCAUCCCAAGCAUCAGCAGCCUUGUACUUGGCGGUGUUAUAUCAAGACUCUCUAAUUACCUCAACACUGUCCUUGGAGUCAGUUGCAUGACCCUUGAAGGAGUCGGCGACGUCUUGGGCCUUUUCCUUGGUGGCUUCCCAGGCUCCAGAGAUCUUGUCUCCAACCGUUUCGGUCAUAGACUUGCCCUCGUGCUUGGCGUCUUCGGCCUUAUCCUUGGUCUUGUCCAUAGCAUCUCCGGCAGCAUUCUUAGCUUCUUCAGCCUUGUCUUUGGUGGCGUCCCAAGCGUCUUGAGCUCCAUGCUUAGCCUGGUUGUACAUAUGUAUACUCACCUCGACAUGAUCCUUGUCGAUUGCAGCAUGUCCCUUGAAAGAGUCAGCGACGUCUUGGGCCUUUUCCUUGGUGGCCUCCCAAGCUCCGGAGAUCUUGUCUCCAGCCUUCUCGGUAAGAGACUUUGCCUUGUCAGAAGCCUCUCCAGCCUUCUCAGAAGCAGCCUCCUUGGCGUCAGCAGCCUUGUCCUUGGUGGCAUCCCAAGCGUUUCCGGCACUGUCCUUGGCCGAGUUGUAGGCGUCAGCAGCCUUGUUCUCCGCGGCAUCCUUGGAGUUGGUUGCAUGAGCCUUGAAGUUGUCGAACAUCGACGAGGUCUUGUCAGCGGCCUUGUCCUUGUACGACUUGGCAGUGUCAGCUGCGUGUCCAGCGUUCUCCUUGACGUUGUCAGCAGCAUCACCAGCGAGUUGUUUAGCGGAUUCAUAAGAAUCGGAGAUCUCUUCACCAGUCUGUUUGGCAAUUUCGUUGGCCUUGUCAGCAGCCUUUUCAGCAUUGGCCUUCGCGGCGUCAGCAUAUUCUUGAGCCUUGUCCUUGGCAGUUUCCUUGGAGUCGUUGAAGGCUUGUCCGGUCUUGUGGGCAGUGUCUCCAGUGAUGGAUUCCUUCAACGAGCUGAAAGCGUUGGAGAUCUUGCUUCCAACAGUGUCAGCAGUCUCUCCAGCCUUCUUCGAUGCAUCGUGAGCAUAGUCUCCAGCUGCAUCAGCAGUUUCCGAAGCGGUUUGCUUGGUGCUGUCGUAGGUUUCGCCAAUCUUUUCACCGGCGCUACUGAACUGAAAAAUCACAAAAUAUGA